AUGCCUCUAGGCAGCACUGGCUCGGCCUCGAUGUCUGCCGCCAAACCCCGUCAAUACGCCCACCUGCACAGCCAACUUGCGCAGCUCAAUGCAAAUCUCGCGGACACGGAGAACUUGCUCCGUAUGACGGCGGUCCAGGCGGGCGAUAUGCGCUUCUUGGGUGGCUACGUCGGUGCAUUAUUCAUGGGCUCUGCGAAAAUUCUCGGCGAGGAAGGCGUCAAGGGGAAUGCAGAUCCCAUCGAGUCCAAGAUUAAGAAGGAGGAGAGUGAUGAGGAUUGA